AUGUCAGCGAGACCAGAAGAACAGCAAUCCUCCGGGAGCGCUUCAUCCAAGUCCAACACGCCCGCGCCCUCUACCGGCGCCAACAGCAACACCUCACAGUCGACGGCUGCUUCGGCCGCUGCCGCCAGCUCUUCUUCCGAUGACAACCUCAUCUGCAAGUGGAACUCGUGCAACCUCAAGUUCGUCACGCCAGAGGCUCUCUACGAGCAUCUCUGCGAGCGCCAUGUCGGCCGCAAGAGCACCAACAACCUCAACCUGACGUGCCAGUGGAACUCGUGCCGCACCACCACCGUCAAGCGUGAUCACAUCACCUCGCACAUCCGCGUCCACGUCCCCCUGAAGCCUCACAAGUCUUCUUCUAGCUACUAUGAUCAUAAUGGCCACAUCCGGACUAACUCGGCCGCCUUCCCCCAUCAGGCUCAUGGGCAUGCUAGCUACUAUGGCGGGGGCGCCCCGACACCGUCUCACUCUCUUGGACUGUACUACGCACCUACCCGUGGCCCCGAGUACCUCGGCCACCACGCCGCGGCCGGCGGCUUCGACACUCGCAAGCGCGCCUACGACAUGGUCGAUGACUUCUUCGGCAAUGCCAAGCGCCGCCACAUGGACCCUUCGUCGUACGCCUCGGUCGGUCGUUCUCUGAUGCCCCUCCACGGCGCUCUUGCGCUCCAGACCGGUGCUCCCAUGCCCGCUGCCGAGCACAUGGCGUAUCCCCAGCACCCCGGCCACGGCGUUGGUGUGAGCGCCGGUCCCAGCGGCCCCGGGCCUCUCGCCCAGCAGUACUACCUGCCGCCCAUGCCCAACGCCCGCACCAAGAACGACCUCGUCCAGAUCGACCAGAUCCUCGAGCAGAUGCAGAGCACCGUCUACGAGAACGCCAACCAGGCCACCCCGGCAUCCAUGUCCACGGCCAAAACACCUACGAGUACCGCCACAGCCCCUCGCCUCCCGGCAUGGGCCAUCGCGGCAGCCACGGCGCCAUCCCCCAACAUGUCCUACACCUCCGGACAGUCUCCGAGCCCUUCCUCCUCCGGCAUGUCUCCGCAAUCUCGCCACAGCACCACCUCCUCUGUCAUGUACCCCAACCUGCCCGCCGUCAGCUCUGUCUUCCCCGGCCAGUCCACCACCUCGACUCUGGGAACCAACUUUGACAACAACGAGCGCCGCAACUACGGCGGCGGCAUGCUCCAGCGUGCCAACCCUGCCCCGGAAGCCCGUCGUCGCUCCGACACCCCCACUGCCAUCCAGAUCAAGUCUGAAAGCACCCCGACCCCCUCAGUCGGCUCCCCCUCGUCCGAGUCGGAGAUGAGCGACGGCGCCCGCGAGCGCGAGGAGAAGUACGACCAGUGGCUCGAGAACAUGCGCACCAUUGAGGCUCUGCGCGAAUACAUUCGCGACCGUAUCGCCCGCAAGGACUUUUGA